AUGUCCGAUAGCGUUGAACGGUUUGCGCGUGCGCAUGAGUCCCCAGGCCAGCAGCUCGUGUGCGCGUGUGUAGGGACAGGAAACAGACGGGCGAGCCGAUUAUCGGAGCGUUUAACGUUACCUGAAAACAGCUCCCGAACCGAGCCGGACUCAACUCAUCUGAGGCAUAUAGAGCAUAAAAUGGCGGACGAGGGCGUCGGUCAGAUGUCGAUCAAAGAACUGUACGUGUCUGAUAAACAGGGCAGUGAUGUGGAUGGAGACGGAUCCGAGCAGAAGCCCUUUAAAACGCCACUCAAGGCACUGUUGUUUGCUGGAAAAGAGCCGUUCCCAGUGAUCUAUGUGGAUUCACAGAAGGAAGGAGAGCGUUGGGCCGUCAUCUCUAAGACUCAAAUGAAGAACACUAAGAAGCUCUUCAAUCGAGAGCAGAUGAAGAGUGAGAGCAAAGACAAGAAGGAGGCUGAAGAUGCUGAACGCAGAGAGAAGAAUCUGGAAGAAGCUAAAAAGAUCAUCAUCGAGAACGACCCCAGCCUUCCUGAACCCAAAACCGUGAAGAUUGAUAAACUGGAGCCGCUCAGAGAGCAGAGGGUGAAGGUGUUCGGUUGGGUCCAUCGGUUACGCAGACAAGGAAAGAACCUUUUGUUUAUUGUUCUGCGCGACGGAACUGGUUUCCUGCAGUGUGUUCUCACGGAUAAUCUGUGUCAGUGUUACAAUGGACUGAUGUUGUCUACGGAGAGCACCGUCGCUCUGUAUGGAAUCGUCAAACCUGUUCCUGAGGGCAAACAGGGCGGCCAUGAGCUGCACUGUGAUUUCUGGGAGCUGAUCGGUCUGGCUCCAGCAGGCGGCGCUGAUAACCUGCUGAACGAGGAGUCUGACGUGGAUGUGCAGCUGAACAACAGGCACAUGAUGAUCCGUGGGGAGAACGUCUCCAAGAUCCUGAAAGUCCGAUCCACGGUCACGCAGUGUUUCCGGGAUCAUUUCUUCAGCCGGGGUUACUGCGAGAUAACUCCACCCACUCUGGUGCAGACGCAGGUGGAGGGCGGCUCCACCCUCUUCAGCCUCAACUACUUCGGUGAGAACGCGUACCUGACGCAGUCCUCUCAGCUCUACCUGGAGACCUGCAUCCCUGCGCUGGGCGACACCUUCUGCAUCGCACAGUCGUACCGCGCCGAGCAGUCCCGCACCCGCAGACACCUGUCCGAGUACACCCACAUUGAGGCUGAGUGUCCCUUCAUGAGUUAUGAAGACCUUCUGAACAGGUUGGAGGAUCUGGUGUGUGACGUGGUCGACAGGGUCCUGAAGUCUCCUGCUGCGCAGCUGCUCUACGACCUCAACCCUGACUUCAAGCCUCCCAAACGUCCAUUCAAGAGGAUGAACUACACCGAGGCCAUCGAGUGGCUGAGAGAGCACAACAUCAAGAAGGAUGAUGGGACGUUUUAUGAGUUUGGAGAGGAUAUCCCAGAAGCCCCUGAGCGCCUGAUGACUGACUCCAUUAAUGAGACCAUCCUGUUGUGUCGUUUCCCGGCUGAGAUCAAAUCCUUCUACAUGCAGCGCUGCCCUGAGGACCGUCGCCUCACUGAAUCGGUGGAUGUUCUGAUGCCCAACGUCGGGGAGAUUGUGGGAGGCUCCAUGCGUAUCUGGGACGCUGAGGAGCUCCUGGAAGGGUAUAAGAGAGAGGGAAUCGACCCCACACCCUACUACUGGUACACUGACCAGAGGAAGUUUGGCACGUGUCCUCAUGGUGGAUAUGGUCUGGGACUGGAGCGGUUCCUCACCUGGCUGCUGAACCGGCACCACAUCCGUGACGUCUGCCUGUAUCCGCGCUUCAUUCAGCGCUGCCGACCCUAAUCGCAUGCACAAAAUCUCCGCCCACACCACAAGAGACCAACUAGAAAAAUCACAUCACUCACUCUCAACGCUGGAGACCAUAAUAUAUAUACAUGUCAUGUUUAAAGAUCUAACCAGAAGACGGUUUGAUAGAUGAUUCAGUGUUGCAUUAUAUUACUGUCUGUAAUACUCAUAUUAAUAAAUCAGUGAGAUGA